AUGAGAAAUGAAAUUGCAACGACAGUUUUCUUUUUUACAAGAUUUGCAAAAAAAUAUGACAAACUGAGCAAACAGCAAAUAGAAGAUUUUGCAGAAAAGUUAACUACAAUUUUGUUUGAAACAUAUAAAAGUCACUGGCACUCUGAUUGCCCUUCUAAAGGUCAAGCUUUCAGGUGUAUCAGGAUAAACAAUAACCAGAAUAGAGAUCCCAUUCUAGAAAAGGCUUGUGCUGAAAGCAAUGUGGAUUUUACUCACCUGGGACUUCCAAAGGAGAUGACCAUAUGGGUAGAUCCCUUUGAAGUGUGCUGUAGAUAUGGUGAGAGAAAUCAUCCUUUUACAAUUGCUUCUUUUAAAGGCAGAUGGGAGGAACAGAAAUUAUCCCAACAAAUUAGUCAGGCUGUUAGUAAAGCUACCUUAGACUACUUCUCUGGCACUUCUUCUGAUGAAGAAAUUUGUAACAAAGAACCACAGAUAAUUCCUAAAGUCAGCAAUCCAAAGAGUAUUUAUCAGGUAAAAUAA